UAUUCAUCUUUUCUAUCUCGUCUAUCUCGUCUACUGUCUCUCGUUCCAAAACAACAUGAGCUUCAUCUCUGCUCGUUCGGCUCUCAAGGCGCAACUCCGCCCUUCUCUCGCACGAACUUUCGCUUCUACUCCCGUUGCCCAUGCUCAGUCUCUCAAGGAUCGCAUGACGGAACUUAUUCCUAGAGAAAUCGAGAAUGUCAAAGCUGUCCGAGCAGCCUAUGGUAACAAGAGUUUUGGGGAGACGACAGUGGAUCAAGCUUAUGGUGGGAUGAGAGGGAUCAAAGGACUCAUCUGGGAAGGUUCCGUCCUCGAUGCCGAUGAAGGAAUCCGUUUCCGUGAACUCACCAUCCCCGAAUGUCAAGAAAAACUCCCCGCUGCUCCUGGUGGAUCAGAACCAUUGCCCGAAUCUCUCUUUUGGCUCCUUCUCACCGGAGAGGUGCCGACUCCUGAACAAGUCAAAGGUCUCAGUCAAGAAUGGGCUGCUAGGGCAGAGAUUCCAAAAUUCGUAGAAGAGUUGAUUGAUCGGUGCCCGAACACAUUGCACCCAAUGUCUCAAUUUUCUUUGGCUGUGACUGCUCUCAACCACGACUCAGCCUUUGCCAAGGCUUACUCAGACGGUGUUCACAAGCGCGAAUACUGGAAGACGACCUUCGACGAUUCUAUGGAUCUCAUUGCCAAAUUACCUGCUAUCGCCGGUAGGAUCUUCCGUAAUGUCUACGGCGACGGUAAACUUCCCGCUAUCGACCAGAACAAAGAUUACAGUGCAAACUUGGCCACUUUGCUUGGCUUUGGUGACAUUCCCGAGUUCGUUGAACUGAUGAGGUUGUACAUUACCAUUCACUCGGAUCACGAGGGUGGUAAUGUGUCUGCUCACACUGGUCACUUGGUCGGUUCUGCCCUCUCUGACCCUUUCCUGUCCUACGCUGCGGCUCUCAACGGUCUCGCUGGUCCUCUUCACGGUCUCGCCAACCAAGAAGUGCUCCGUUGGGUUCAGAAAAUGCGUUCCCAAAUCGGCGAAACACCGUCGGACGAGAAAGUCGCCGAAUAUGUAUGGUCUACGCUCAAAGGCGGGCAAGUCGUCCCUGGGUAUGGACAUGCCGUCUUGAGGAAGACUGAUCCACGUUACACCGCUCAGCGAGAGUUUGCCCUCAAACAUCUUCCCGAUGACCCCCUCUUCAAGCUUGUCGGUCAAUUGUACAAGAUCGUUCCUAACAUUCUGCUUGAAGCUGGUAAAGCGAAGAACCCUUGGCCCAAUGUCGACGCUCACUCUGGUGUCUUGCUCACAUAUUACGGAUUGCAUCAACAAGAUUUCUACACUGUUCUCUUUGGUGUCUCGCGUGCAUUCGGUGUUGCCGCUCAACUCAUCUGGGAUCGUGCUCUGGGCAUGCCUCUCGAACGCCCCAAGUCGUACUCUACCGCAGCUAUCAAGAAGAUGUUCGAAGGCAAAUAAAUCUAUUGAUUGUCUUGUAUCUCUCGGUAUCACCCAUGACUGGAGCGAUUUUGGAUCUAGUGAUAGAGGAUGGAGAUAUGGGAGAGAUGUGCGUUAUGUCUUUGGGCAACGAUCAGAGGUCAUAUGCAGCUUUUACCAAUUG